AUGUCAGAAUUCGAUGUUGAUAUGGAUUACGAAGAAAAUACCACAAACAACAUUUUGGAUUCAGCAACACAAAUACAGUUAAGAAAUUUAAUAAAACGUGAAACUGAAAUCAAAGAACAAAUAAAUAAAUUACAAGAUGAAAUUUCUAAAUUAGAAAAAAUUUUAGCAAUUUCUGGUACUAAUGAUACUAAUAACACAUUAACUGAUAAUGGAGAAAAUGAUAAAGGUAAAGCCUUAGAAACUGAUGAAAUAAAAGAAGAGAUUUGCUGGGAAGAAUUUGAAGCACCUGAAUGGUGUAUACCUAUAAAAGCAGAUGUAUUAACUUUUGAAUGGGAUGAACUUGCCAAAGAUUGUCAAUUUGAUGUCAUACUUAUGGAUCCGCCAUGGCAAUUAGCAACUCAUGCUCCAACACGCGGUGUAGCUAUAGGCUAUCAACAACUUCCAGAUAUUUAUAUAGAGGAAUUACCAAUUCCUAAAUUGCAAAAAAAUGGAUUCUUAUUUAUCUGGGUGAUAAAUGCUAAAUAUUCUAAAGCUUUUGAAAUGAUGAGAAAAUGGGGUUACACGUAUUGUGAUGAUAUUACAUGGGUUAAACAAACAGUUAAUAGAAGAAUGGCUAAAGGGCAUGGAUUUUAUUUGCAACAUGCCAAAGAAACUUGUUUGGUUGGAAGAAAGGGAGAAGAUCCUCCAGGAUGUAAUCAUUCAAUUUCUUCAGAUGUUAUUUAUUCUGAAAGAAGAGGUCAAAGUCAAAAACCAGAAGAAUUAUAUGAAAUGAUAGAAGAAUUGGUUCCAAAUGGAACCUUUUUAGAAAUAUUUGGUAGAAAAAAUAACUUGAGAGAUUAUUGGGUGACAAUUGGGAAUGAACUAUAA